GCAGAAAAUGCUCUGAGGGCGAACUGGACAGCGCCCGCUGGAACUAAAUCUGUCUGAAAAACAUCUUCCUUCACCCAAAGUCCUGUUUGUCAUCAAGAGGGAACUUCUACAACGGCCGAACUCUGCGAGUGAUGGGCUCGGAGAACAGCGCUUUGAAGAGCUGCACACUAGAAGAGCCGCCGUUCACGCUGCCAACCGGACACACAAUUUAUCCGGCCGUGCUGCAAGAUGGCAAACUUGCAUCGGUCUUUGUGUACAACCGAGAGAACGAAGAGAAGGUUAAUAAAGCUGCCAAGCACCUGAAAACCUUGCGCCACCCUUGCCUUCUGCGCUUCCUCUCGUGUACUGUGGAAGCAAAUGGGAUCCACCUGGUUACAGAACGUGUGAAGCCUUUGGAGAUGGUCCUGGAGAUGCUCUCCUCCGCAGAGAUCUGCGCAGGGAUCUACGACGUGUUGCUGGCGCUCAUCUUCCUCCAUGACAGGGGAAACCUAACGCACAACAAUGUCUGCCUGUCAUCUGUGUUUGUAAGCGAGGAUGGGCACUGGAAGCUGGGAGGAAUGGAAACGGUCUGUAACUUCGAUGAAGCCACCCCAGAGUUCCUCUGUCAUGUCAAGUCGGUACGAGACCAGUCAUGCAUUCCGUACGAGGAGAUGUCUGCAGAUUUCAAAAUUCUGCCCAGCAGCUACGGGCAUGCGAGGGAUGCCUAUGGGUUUGGAACAAUGGUUGAAAAUCUCCUGACAGUCCUAAAUGAUCAGGUUUCAGCAGAUAUUCUCUCCAGCUUUCAGCAAACCUUGCACUGUACACUGCUGAAUCCAGAUCCAAAGUGUCGUCCACCACUGUCCAGCUUACUGUCUCACGAGUUCUUCAGGAAUGAUUUUCUGGAAGUUGUGAACUUUCUGAAGACCUUAACACUGAAGUCUGAGGAGGAAAAAACAGAAUUUUUCAAGUUCCUGCUGGACAGGGUGGCCGGCUUGUCAGAGGAGUUGAUAGCAUCACGGCUGGUGCCUCUUCUGCUCAAUCAGCUCGUGUUUGCAGAACCUGUAGCUGUCAAGAGUUUUCUUCCUCAUCUGCUGGGUCCAAAGAAAGAGCAAACUGGAGAAAACCAGACCAGCUGCCUCCUGUCGCCAGCCUUGUUCCAGACGCAUGUCAUUCCUGUGCUGCUGAAGCUCUUUGAGGUUCACGAGGAGCACGUUCGAAUGGUGUUGCUGUCUCACAUUCAUGCCUACGCAGAACUGUUCUCUCGGGAGGAGUUGAAAAACAUCAUAUUGCCGCAGGUGUUGCUGGGCCUUCGAGAUACCAGUGACUCUAUCGUUGCGAUAACGCUGCACAGCUUAGCAGUUCUCGUCUCCCUGCUUGGACCCGAAGUAGUUGUCGGUGGAGAAAGAACAAAGAUCUUCAAAAGCUCUGCACCAAGUUUCAUGAAAACUGCUGAUAUCUCCCCAGAAGACUCCCCCAGUCAUGUCGUAAGCAAUCAGAGAAAUCAAACCUCUCGGCCCUUGAAGAACAAUUCCAGUGUGUUCCCCAUCUCUGGAAGUGUACCUGUCAAGAAGCUGUCCGUGCGACACGACAAUCCGCUGGCUUUAAAGACAGGUGAGCAAGACACCCGGUCCCCCCUGAAUGGAAUUCCUGGAAGCAUGAACACACUAGGGAGCAGCAGGAGCUCUCUGACUACCUCCGAAAAGCCAGCAGAGGAGUGGCCAGACUGGAGUGAGCCCGAGGAGACAGACACUGAGAAAACUGUGAACAUUCAAAUUCGGCCCCGAGAGCCGCGGGGCAGCGCGGGAUUUCAGCCCAGCAGCCCUAGUCCUGAACUGGCCUCGGGAAACUGCCUCACUGUGACACAAGCUGAUGCAGUUGAAACGCCGAGGCCUCUGCCAGGUACCCAUCAACUGAGCAAAGAAUUCAAAAGCCUCAGACUGACUCCCCCCACAAAGCCCUGCCCCGGGAACAGCUGGAGCAGUGACAAGUGGGACCACCAGGAACUACUGGGAGAAAGCGUGCUGCCAAAAACGCCCUUUCAGGAAAGGUUGAAGUCUUCAUUGGAGUCUGGCCUAGGAGAAGAAUUCACAAUCAAAGUGAAGAGGAAACCCAUGCAAGACCCUGAGCUGGACUGGUUUGCUGACAUGAUCCCAGACAUUAAACCUUCAUCUGCUAUCUUGAUUUUACCUGAAGCGAGGACAGAAGCGGUUGUUCCCAGUCACUCUGGUGCAGUAUCCAGCAGAGAAGGGGCCUCCCAGAAUGUGCUGUUUUCAUCCAAAUUUGCAGCAGCUGAUGUUAUGGAGGCUGAAGCUGCAGGCUGGGGUGAAGAGGAGGAGUUGAACUGGGAAGAUGAUACUAACUGGUGAUGGGACUGAAAGAGACAAAGGCAAUUUAUGGUGUGUUGGAUUCUGUAAGAGAAGUCGCUGCUUCCCCAAUACAAUGGCUAAGUACCUCAGCACUGCUUUUGCCAGAAGGCAGGCACUUGCUGCUGCAGCAGCCAGCAAGAACCCGUGGGGCCCGAUCUCUUGCAAUGGAUGUUCCUUUCCAGUCUGUGCCAAAAACUGCAGGGGUGAGGCCUGCGCCCAAGCAAUACGCCCAGCUGCGGUGUGUGCCACCGCCACCAGAAAGAGGAUCAGCGCGAUGGGUGUGUUGGUGCUGAUGUGCUACUGGAGGCCAAGAGUGGUAUAAGCGAUUGUUCCAGAACUCAUCCCUGCUCUGAAAAACUGAUGACAAUAAAUGAAAGUCACACU